AUGAUUGGCGGGGCGGGGCGGCCGCGGCGUGGCGGUGCGGUGGCGCGGCCGCGACGCAGGUUUGAAGUCGCUGGUGGCGAGGAGGAGGGGGAGGAGAGGGAGGCCACGACGGCGGCGGCGGCGAGCGCGGGGUGCAGCUGCCGGUCGUGCGCGGCGGUGGCGGUGGCGGACUGCGUGGCGCUCGCGUGCUGCCCCUGCGCGGUGGUCAGCCUGCUCGGCCUGGCGCUCGUCAGGGCGCCGCUCGCCGUCGGCAGGCUGGUGAUCAGGGCCAGGCGGAGGCGGCGGGCGCUGCUGCGCGGCAAGCUGGUGCGCGACGUGGCCGCCCACGCCGCCCCGGCGCCGAGCGACGGCGGUGGCGCCCACGAGAAGGGCGCCGAGAAGGAGGCCGACGUCCGCACCGGCGUGGACGCGACGGGCGGCGAGGUUGGGACGGCGCGAGACGUCGAUGAUCACGAGGCGGAGCUGGCGUGGCUGGAGGAGAUGUACCGGACGGGGCGCUGGGGCUUCGGCCGCGUCUCCUUCUCGGCCAAAACCCCGUGA